UGGACGUCGAUUCGCCGAUAAUUUCAGACAAUUUCAACUUUGUAAACAUCAAAUUCGCGUUUAAAUGGAAUUUUGAUAUUUUAAUUUAUGAUUAAAAAAUAAUUAGUAUUGUGUCUGUAUGUAUAUAAGAGAGUAUUUGAAAGUAAUAUCUUUACAGAGUUGCAAUAAUUCAAAGAUUAUAUCAAUAUAAACUCUAUGUUAUGGAUUAAAAAUGUGUAUAAUUUAGGUUAACAUUAUACAUAAAUAAAGUUAAUAAUAUGGAUAUUGUCAAAGAUAUAAAGUCAGAGGAUAAUGUUCUGACAGAUACUAAGGAAGAAUCAUGUGCCGACAAAAUACAGUCCGAAACUAAACAACUUAAUCAUCAAGAAUUAAUGAAAUUGACUAAAACGACUAUAGAUAACAUUAUCAAUAAUGAUCCAUUGCUCUCCGGAUUGCCUUCAGAUGUUACAAUAGAGGAACUUAAAUCACAAAUUGCAGUUGUACAAGGACAAGCUAUAACUUUAUUCUUAAAUCGUGGGGAUCUGCCAAAGCUCGCAGUGGUGGUUUCACCACAUAAUACAACAGUACUUGAUUUGAAGAAAGCUAUAAAGCGACAUGUGAAUUUAUCCUUGAAAAGAGAAAAAGUCAAAAAGAAGAUAAGUUGGAAGCACGUUUGGAAGAAAUAUCAUCUCAGCUUUGAAGGCACCAGACUUUUUAAUGACAAUGAAAAUAUUAAAUUUUACAAUAUCACUAAUAAAGCAGAAUUACACUUUGCCAAAAGACACAGAGAAAAGAACAAGUUGCUGAAAAAUUAAUAGCGCCUUUACAUAAAUUACUAUGUUAUCUAUUGUCAUUAAUAUUUUAUAUUUUUUUAUUAAUACUUGUCAAACAUUUUUAAUUUACAGUAUCAUGGUAAUUGAGAUUGCAUGAAUAAUAUUUAAAUAUUUUGUAAGUAAAUGUGUAUAACAUAAUAAAUA